UCGAACGGCCCGGAAACGCCAGCACGUGUGGGUCUUUUCCUUACUCUUGUUUCUUGGUCUUGCGUGUGUGUGUGUGUGUGUGUCUCUCUCUCUUAUCAUGGGUCGCUCCCGGCGGACCGGCGCGCACAGAGCACAUUCCUUAGCCCGCCAGAUGAAGGCCAAGAAGCGGCGGCCGGACCUGGAUGAGAUCCAUCGCGAGCUGAGGCCGCAGGCUCUCCCGCGUCCAAAGCCGGAGCGGUGCGCAGAGCCGGAUCCGGACCUGCCAGGGGGCGGCCUACAUCGCUGUCUGGCCUGCGCGAGGUACUUCAUCGAUUCUGCCAACCUGAAGACCCACUUCCGAUCCAAAGACCACAAGAAAAGGCUGAAGCAACUGAGUGUCGAACCCUACAGUCAGGAAGAGGCUGAGAGGGCCGCGGGCAUGGGCUCAUAUGUGCAACCUCAGCGACUGGGCGUGCCCACAGAAGUGUCCACUGAGAUCCCUGAGAUGGACACGUCCACCUGAGUGGCCAAAGGAUUCAGGACAGAGAAACUGCCCAUGGGCAGUGUGGUUCAUUGGCCAGGCUGAGAGUGGGUAUUUUGGGUUUGGGGUUUGCAGACAUGCCCUCUUCUGGGUGUUCUGCCCAAAAUAAAGGACCUGGACCAGAGGGUGCACCUCCGAUGUGAACUUCCCUUACACGGGGUUUCUGGGCCAAGAUGUCUACUCCCUACUAGGUCCAGCUUUGGAAAGUGUAUCCUCUGCCUGCUUCUUUGAAUCUGGGCUGGAGUCUAGGUACAGCGUAAAACUGGAGAGUAGGAUCUAGCAAUGGCAGAGACUAAUCCCCAAGGGGAAAACGUGGGUUUCUGCUGUUGCAGCCCCCUCCCCUGAGUCGCCUACCUCCAAGCCUGGGUGAGCGGCUGCCUGCCUCGUCAUGGGGCCUGUGGUGGUUGCCGCUGCUUCACCAUCUUCCAUACAGCAUAGCAGGAACCACCUAACCCGAGGACGGCCAACAGCGUAGCCACGAUCCCAACCAGCGGACUCCGGGGCUCUGCCUUCAGCUCCCCAGCCACCUGCAUCUGGGAGAACACAGAAGGUGCACAUGAAGGGUCAACUGAGACUUCUAGGCAGGAAGGGGAUAAGAUGGCGUAGCUGGCUGAAGAAGAUACGGACGCCAUUUCUGCCCCAGGGAGAUUCCACCCCAAUCUUUCUCGCCUCACUGCCCAUCUGGGUCCUGGCUAGUCAGGCAGCAGGGAAUGCGAUGGCCAGGCUGUUGGGGGUAUCAGCCCUGUCAUUGGGGGAAGUGGGGAGGAAGAGGUCAGUAGUGCCAAAAGCCUAUUUAGAUUUACUUACCUGUAGCACCCGGAAGUAGCCAGGAGUCAGGCGUCGAAAUCUCAUAGUGAGGGCACUGGUCUCCCUGUUGGCCUGUGAAAGGGAGCAGAAAUGAAGACUAGAUGUCGCCCAGGGUACCAAGGAGUGGAAACCAUAGCGUAAGGUCCCUGACCUAUUUGCCUGGGCACCGUGUGGCUCAGAGGAUGCUCACCGAUGCUGCCUUACCCAAGUCUGGCAGGGGGCAGGGCAGCUGGAUCUUUAAAUCUGCUCCCUUCCCCCCUGCCUGCUGUAGCCUUGCCAGCCUUAGGGGCAGCUGUCAGGAGAGAUCAGCAUCAGGCCUGAGUAGCAGCUCCUCCCCCAUUCACCAGAGAGGCCAGGCCAGGCACGUAGGCAAAGCCUUGGCUGGCAGUGCCCAGGAGGCCAGGCAUCACACAGGUACUGGGCAGCCUUCCUCAGCCAUAGUCUGGACCAUGUGCGAGCAUUCAGCGAAAGAGGUCAUGUGACUUGUUAGCCACUUUGCCAUUUGGGUUCUGUAAAUUCAACCACUUUGGUGGGAGGGUGCCCUUCAUUCCUCCCCAAAGAUGGGGUUCCCACAAGAACAUCUCUUUUGAGGAUGAUCAAAAAAGAUUUGCUUAUGCCUUUAAGUUGUCUAUAAUAUUGUGUUAAAAAAAUUUUUAACUGCA